AUGGAAGGCAACCUAUCUCAAAGAUGCAACGGAGCGCUUCAAGCCACUUGUGGGGGUUAUGAGUGGACGGUCGACGAUACUUACGCGGCCCAGAUGAUGUGUCCCUAUGAAACUGUCGCGUAUGGCUAUAGUGUCUUCUGUGACCUGUUCACCUACGAAGAAUGGGAAGGGUUUGGGUACGCCAUCGAUAUCGAAUUCGCCGGCUCGAGCGGUUUCCAGAGCCCCACGGGUAGAGCUGUUGGCAUCGGCUACCAACAAGAAAUCCUUGCGCGCCUCAAGAACGAGACACUUGGGCCAACACAAUUUUACCGUCUCGCACGUCACCCCUUCGGGGCGCGGCUCGAUAUGGAAAUCAUCCGUACCCCGAUGCCCCUUUCAAGCGACCGUUCAGAGUAUCUCGAGGGAGGCGAGACCAAGUAUAUCCAUUUCAUCCUCAACCAGCGGACCCUUCCCCUUGGUGUCAGCUUUCCCGAGUGUGACGCCUCUCGUCUCGACGGAUGGUGCGAACUCGACACGUUUAUUCACGUGCAGAACCGGAUGUCGCAGCUAGCCCAGUACGACCAUGCUUGCUACUCUAACCUUUCCGACUUCAAGUAUGGAGACAUCUCGGACGGAGCGCCGCCGCUACCCUCUAGCUGA